AUGGGUCUCUUAUCAUUCAAGUCUGCGGGUCGAGCUACAAAGUUAGAUGAUAAACCAGAUUAUUAUUCUGCAAGAGAUUGGAGAGAAUCUCACAAGUUCCAUAGCCCAACUUUCACGAUAGGAAGCGUAGGAAACUCUGGGGACAUAAGUGAUGAUGACGAUUACAAAAAUCGGGACGGGAAAAGAACGAGAAGAGGAAGGAAUAUACUGAAUUAUCAAGGAUUUUUCGGUGAAUCAACAGAUAAAGACAAUAAUACCCAGAAAAUUUCUUCUCAAGAAAAUGAACAAGAAACGACGGACGAGGGUUCCCUUCAAGAUAAUGAAGUGGAAACAAGUGAAAAGGAAUUGGACAUUAAUUCUUGUGGAAAUACAUCUCAAAAUAGCAAAAAAAAACAUAUUCGAGACAAUGUGAUAGCCGACAUUUUAGGAAACACUAUCGAUUACUCAGAUACUACAAAAGAAAUUUUGUUGAUUUAUAAAGAGCAAGAUCAUGAUGGCGAUCUAAUUGAUCUUCGACUAAACUCACCCUUUUUCAAAAAUCUCCCAAAGUCGACAGCAAGAGCAUAUCUAAAGGAGAUGGAUGAUAUAACUGAAUCAUUAGUUCCUAAAAAUGUACAUGAUUUUCUUGUGCAACUCUUUUCAAAAAAUUUAACCUCCGAAGGUUGGGAUCGUGAAGUCGAUGAUUUAAGAUCUUCGGAACAAAAUGAUCCCAUAAUGAAUGCUGUAGUACGAGUUAUACGGGCUCAUCUUAAUUCAUUCAUUCAUCCAUGUUUCGAUGCCUUUUUAUGGUAUAUAGCAAAUGUACAUUAUGAGUAUGGAGAGAUUACAUUGAAAAGGCACGUUAAUAAAAAUCGUGCCGAUGGUGCAGGGUAUUUGACAGAUGCUAAUAAGCAUCAGCUUGUCUAUGUAAAAGAUUCAAGACUGAUAGCAAAGGAUGAUAAGGAAAUUGCCGAUCUAGAAAACAUUACAACCAACCUAAAGAAUAUGUUUGGGAAAAUUGUAAAAGAAACUAUUAAGAAAAGAAGGCCCCUCCCUAAAAAAAUUUAUUUAUUUGGAGGACAAAGCUUUCUUCUUCGAAUACAUUUAUUUUACAUUGAUUUUUGUGGUAUAUAUAGAUUAAAUGAGGUUGAUAACGCUAGUCUUCCUCGAAAAUUUUCCGAAAUGAAAGAUUUCGUUUAUUUUUACGAAUGUAUUUUGAAGUGGGCAUUAUUGGUUCGAAAUGUUACCGAAUCCUUUGAUCUAGCAAGAACAGAACCGAGACCAUCACGACUUUCUUUCGCAAAUACCCUAUUUCAACUGAAUGCCAACGAACGCUCUUUUGAUUUCUUUUUAUAUGGAGUAGUAGAAACUCCCAUAUUAGCAAUCCUCAAGGUUCGUAGGAAACAACGAGCUAUCAAUAAAGCCAAAAAUGCUCAAGAAAAUUUGGCAUCAAUACAUUCACCGUCAGCAGAUAAUUUGGAUCAUUCUAUAACGGGAAAGGAUGAAGAUCAGCAAUCUGCUAAUGGAUUAUUGAAAGGUGCCCAGAGUUCUAUUUGCAGAAAGCAAUUCUAUCCUCAAGAUAAACCAGUAUCAUGUAAGAAAUUUGGCCGCCGAAGAAUUUGGCGCCAACAAUUGGCAUUAAAGUCAGAAAUCGCAGACGAUACUCUUAAAGAACAACCAUGGUUAAAGAUUACAAUGGAAAAUAGAAUUGGCACAAAUUCAUUAUCAUAUUAUGUGGUUGCUAAUUCACAGAAAUAUAUUCUUAGUCAAGGUGAUGAUAAUGGAGAAGAUGGAAAAGAUCUCAGAAAAGAAGCAUAUCAGGAAGAAUGGUAUUUGAAUAUUAGAUGUUCAACGAUAUCUUGUGCUGAAGUAGGAAAUAAUAUUCAACAUGCAACUCCAAUGAGGUUAAGGGUAGGGUUAGAGUGA